GCUGUGCGAGGCAGCAAGGCAGAAGAAAAGACUUCUCCUGGUUUUGAGAUUUUUGGCUUCUUCCACAAAUUAGACGCGGCAGUUGAGAAAUUCAUUCACAAACACAAAGGUGAAGGAGGGAGGGCUGGCGACCGACCUACCCUAGAGAUGUGAGGUCAGGCUGGAGCAGACCAGGUAGGAAGGGCUGUAAAGAUGACCCUGCUGGCAGGAGAUGGCUCGGACUACGACUACAGCGCUCUGAGCUGCACGUCCGACACCUCCCUCAACCCACCUCCUCUCUACGAGAAGGAAGCCCUCAAGGGGGCCUUCUACAAGCGGGCGCAGCUCGCUCCUGAGGGCCCAACCAAUGGCGAGACCUCCUUGUCUGGCGCCCGUAGGCUCCACGCCAUCAUCAACGUGGGGGGGCUGCGCUACCAGCUCCCCUGGACCACCCUGGAGGACUUCCCCCUCUCCCGGCUGGGCCAGCUGCGCCUGUGCAGCAGCUUCGACGAGAUCAUGCGCAUCUGCGACGAUUACGACGUGGCCCACAACGAGUUCUUCUUCGACCGCAGCCCCUGUGCCUUCCGCACGAUCCUGACCUUCGUGCGGGCUGGGAAGCUGCGAUCGCUCAAGGAAAUGUGCGCCCUCUCCUUCAGGGAGGAGAUGCUGUACUGGGGUGUGCCAGAGGAGAGCCUGGAGUGGUGCUGCCGCCGGCGUCUGCUCCAGAGGGUGGAGGAGUGCGAGGAGAUGGAGAGGGCGGACGAGGAGGACGAGGAGGACUUGCUGGACACGGACAGCGGGCGGCGGGACGCGGCCCUGGCCACCGAGUCCAGGGUGGCCCGCUGCAUGGGCAAGCUGAGGGACAUGGUGGAGAGGCCCCAGUCAGGCCUGCCAGGGAAGAUCUUCGCCUGCCUGUCUGUGCUGUUUGUCACCAUCACAGCCGUCAACCUCUCCAUCAGCACCAUGCCAGCCAUGAGGGAGGAGGAGGAGGCGGGUAAGUGCUCCCAGAUGUGCUACAACAUCUUCAUUGUGGAGACAGUGUGUGUGGCCUGGUUCUCCCUCGAGUUCACCCUGCGCUUCAUCCAGGACCGCAGCAAGCUGGCCUUCCUCCGCCGCCCCCUCAACCUGAUCGACGUGGUGGCCAUCCUGCCCUACUACAUCACCCUGGUGGUGGACAGCACCUCCACGGGGGAGAAGCGCCUGGGCUCCGGCAACAGCUACCUGGACAAGGUGGGUCUGGUGCUGAGGGUGUUGAGGGCCCUGCGGAUCCUCUACGUGAUGCGUCUGGCCCGACACUCGCUGGGGCUGCAGACUCUGGGCCUGACGGCCCGCCGGUGCACCCGGGAGUUUGGCCUACUCCUGCUGUUCCUGUGCGUGGCCAUCGCCCUGUUCUCCCCACUGCUCUACCUGAUCGAGAACGAGAUGUCCGCCACCCACGAGUUCAGCAGCAUCCCAGCCACGUACUGGUGGGCCGUCAUCACCAUGACGACGGUGGGCUACGGGGACAUGGUGCCGAGGAGCAUUCCCGGCCAGGUGGUGGCGCUUUCCAGCAUCCUCAGCGGCAUCCUGCUCAUGGCGUUCCCCGUCACCUCCAUCUUCCACACCUUCUCCCGCUCCUACGUGGAGCUGAAGCAGGAGCAGCAGAGGCUGCUGCAGAGGCGGACACACUUCCUGCUGCGCAGCAGGAUGGCUGGAAUGGGCAGCAGCAACCUAUCCCUGGAGAGUGAUGGGCUCUUUCCCAUGAGGGCUUCAGAUCACAGGGACCUGGAGGACUAGGGA